GCGCAACCAUCAAGCCUUGGUUGAUCCCAAGUUGAAGUUCUACUCUUCCUCGGUGUCUCUGUCUGCUACUAUGUAGUUCCUAUUCAAAGACUCUCACUUCAGCUUUCACGUUUCAAGCGCAGGACCUUAAGUGGGAGAUAGGUCAUCUAGAUUCUUUUUCGUAUUAAGGAUUUUUCUUUGAAGGCUGUGAUCUCAUGGAGCCUGACAGGAAAAAACAUCUACUGUGAUAUCUAGCUUGACAUUGUUGUGCUGUUACUACAGCUGUACAUACAGAACCUAUAAUGGUUGUUGGUUAAAUUCCCCAACCACAUUUGAGAUGCCAUUGGAGGUUUUGGGCCACGACUUGCAGUUUUCUCAGGAUCCCAAUUCCAAGCACUUGGGGACUACAGUAUGGGAUGCAUCACUUGUGUUUGCUAAGUUUCUUGAACGGAAUUGCAGAAGGGGGAGAUUUUCCCCAGCUAAACUUAAAGGAAAACGUGUAAUUGAACUAGGAGCUGGCUGUGGUGUUUCUGGUUUUGGCAUGGCUUUGCUGGGGUGUGAUGUUAUAGUGACAGACCAAAAAGAGGUUUUGCCAUUGUUGGAGAGAAAUGUUGAGCGUAAUAUUUCAAGGGUCAUGCAAAAGAAUCCUGAGACAUUUGGUUCAAUCAAGGUCGCUGAACUUCAGUGGGGAGACGAGAGUCACAUUAAGGCUGUGGGUCCUCCAUUUGACUACAUUAUUGGUACUGAUGUUGUUUAUGUAGACCAUCUAUUGGAACCUCUAUUACAGACAAUACUUGCUUUAUCUGGACCUAGGACUACAAUUGUGUUGGGGUAUGAAAUCCGCUCUACAAGUGUCCAUGAGAAGAUGCUUCAGAUGUGGAAAAGAAACUUCGACGUGAAGACUGUGUCGAAGUCCAAGAUGGAUGAGACAUUUCAACAUCCAAGUAUUCAACUCUUCAUCAUGGGAUUUAAACAUUCAGCAGAGUGCACAGAAAACUCUGGUGAGGCCACUGUUGAAAAAGUUGAUGUGGAAACUGUUGUGGAGGAUAAAAGCAGUGAGGGAAAUGUUGUAGUAGAAGAAGGAUCUGGUCUCGUUGAAGAAAAUGUUGAUGACCAAAAUAAGCCUAUUUCGCAAAAUGCAAAGCUCAGUGAGUGGGAAGCAAGAAGGUAUGGAGCUAUGGCUGCAAGGAUUUUGCGAGAUGUAAAAAUAUCCUGAUUUUGAGAGUUGCUCUGGGAAAUUUAGUCGUGGCAAAAAUAUUAUGAUAGUCGUAGCAAUGCUUGAACUUUAUGUUUGGUAUUUUUUUUUUAAAUAUGAUCCAUGUAUUUUAGUUGUUAAUUUUGGUUCCUUUGUUUACUUAAUGUUCAAUAUUUAAUACUGUCAUCACACUGUAACAUUAUUCAUAUGAAGUACUACGUAGAAAAAAACAAACUAGCAUUUCAAAGUCCUAA